GCUGAUUAAGGCUGUUAAUAUUCAGUAAGAUAAAAAUUAAGAUAGAUUUAUUUUUUAUUUCCAAGGAUAUUUCUAAAUUCUACAUGUGGUGGAUCUGUGGAAGUGUCAGCUGUCCGAAGGCCGAUAUCACAGUGUUUUACAGAAUGUCGAGAAAUAUUGCAGUAGCAGCAAUCCUCGUGUUACUAUCAGGAGUUCAGGCUCAGCACAGUGUAAUUCUCUCCUCUCAGAGUCUCUGUGCCGUUACUGGAUCUACAGUAAAAAUCUCCUGUACAUUAAGAACACCUGAUCACUCCAGUGUCACACAGAGAGAGUGGUAUCGAGUCCAGAGCUCUGAAGGAGAAGCACGAGUCCUGAGCAAAGAUCCACAAUACUCAGGACGAGUGUCUGUAAGCACAGUGACGUCUGACUGUGAGCUGACACUGAGGAAUGUGAGUGGGAAUGACUCUGGAGUUUAUAAUUUCAGAUUUAAAACACAGAGAAGUGACUGGAUAUCAGCCUCAUUUGGAGUUCAUCUGACUGUUACAGACUUGCAGGUGAAAGUGGAUCCUAACACUGUAGGACAGAGAGAAGUGAAAGUGACCUGUAGCUCCACCUGCAGCCUCAGUACACAGAGUUUCUCCUGGUACAGGAAUGGCCAAUUCAGCAGAUCUACCAGAGACACCUCCAUUGUGCUCGACUCCACCCGUCCAUCUAAUGGGGGCAGCUACUCCUGUCAAGUAUAUGAGAGUUUACACCGCUCUCCCCCAGUGUGUGUACUGGGUAAAGAGUGUUGGGGUGUGACUUACACUCUUGAUCAUGUGUGUGCUCUGAAAGACUCAUCGAUUGAUCUCCCCUGCUCAUAUAAACACCCUGCAGGCCACACAGUGAUAAAAUCAGUGUGGUUCAUUAAAGUGCAGGCUGACGCUGAGGCUGUGGAUGUGAGAGAGGAUGAGGAGUAUCGGGGCCGAGUGCAGUACACACACAGCUCCCAGAAUAACUGUAGUCUGAGAAUCACUAAUCUGACAGAGAGAGACGCUCAAACAUACAGAUUCAGAUUCUACACCGAUGGGGGUAAUUACACCGGUGACUCUGGGGUCUCUCUGUCUGUCACAGGUCUGCAGGUGAUAGUGAGUUCAACAACAACAGACGGAGAAACAGUAACACUGAGCUGUAUCACCCCCUGCACUCUGUCUAACAACCCCACUUACAUCUGGUACAAGAACGGACAGCGUGUGUCUGACUGUAAAUUUGCCUCCUGCUCUGUAGCUGCAGUCAGUGGUUCGGUCAGUUACAGCUGUGCUGUUGAAGGCAACGACAGUCUCCUCUCUCCUCCAGUGUAUUCCCCUAAAAGCACCAGAGCAGUGGUUCUUUCCUCUGGAGACACAGUGGAGGGGGGUUCAGUGACUCUGAGCUGUAGCAGUGAUGCAAACCCUCCUGUUCUCACCUACUCCUGGUUUAAGCAGAGAGCAGAUGCAGAGACAUUGCUGACAACAGGCCAGAAUUACAGCACCAGCAGCAUCAGCUACCAGCACAGCGGACUGUACUACUGCACUGCUCGCAAUCAGCUGGGACAGCACAACUCUACACCAACACACCUGGAUGUGUUACCUGAGGUGUGGAAGCUGCAUGCUGUAUGGGGAGCUGCUGUACUCAUUCCUGUUCUGCUUCUCUCUCUUCUUACUGCUGUUCUGUGCAUUAAGAGGAAGAGAGGAACAGAGAGAGACACAGACAUUCAGAGUAUUCCAACGCCUGGAGAUGAUGACACAUACACAUCCCUGAAUUCCAUGAAUAUGUCCUCGGAAUAUGAGACUCUGCAGAAUGUUCAAGGAUCUGCUGUUGACACAUACACACCCAUGAAACCUCUGAUGUCCUCCGAUUAUGCACAUUGAUUAAGUGACAGGUUCAGAUGGUUGAAGCCUGUAGCCAGGUCCUCUGAGAGAUGUGGCUACUCUACUCAGUGAGGAGAAGUACUCCAGAACUGGAGAAUGAUAACUAACAGUUCCAUUUGGUUAGUGACUUUACAUUCAGCAUCAUGAACAGCACAGGAAGGAUGCUCAGGGUGAAAGUUUUAGGAUUAGAGAUGAGGAUUAGAGUUAAACAGCGUUAAAACGUCACAACUAACUAAAUUCUGUCUUAAUUAAAUGUCAUUCAUUUAUGUUAUUCAAGCAGCUCCUUUAGUUUCUAAGUCGUCUUUCUGCUCAUUUAACAUAUUACAUAAAACCCUUCACACUGACGUAAUUUGACAUUUUCUACUAUACAUAGCUCUACAGCUUUUCCUCAUCAUCUCUUCACUUGACUGAUCUCUGUUCACGCUAACAUCAGAAUGAAAAUAAUCAUUUAUUAAUUCAGUCACUUCUGUUCUGUUAUUAAAUUCCUUGUUACUGUCUUUUUAUCUGUUUAGCUAAACAUUUUACUCUGUAAUUGUCAUUGUCAUGUGUCGUAAACUACAGUAAAAAUCUGGCUAAUGAUAAUGAUAACUGAUAAUGAUAUCAACCUCCAUGAAGACGAAUUCUAUGUUGCCUGAUCUGUUACUGGCCAAUAUUGAAAAUGUUUCUAUAUACAAGAAUAAAAUUGAGCUUUUGCAGGACUGAAUACUGUAUACUGUUGAAAUCAUAAAUAUUUAUUUACACAGGAAUAUUAAAAAUAAGUACAAACCUCUUUACGUAAUAUAGAGAAC